GAAGAGGAGGGGGAGGAGGAAGAGAAGAAAGAGGAGGAGGAGGAGAAGAAAGAAGAAGGGGGAGAAGGAGAAGAGGGA